GAGUCAACCACUCGCCAUCCUCAUAACCCACACCUCUUUCCCAUUACACAUUAUUAAUGUCGACUCCCAUUCCCGCUCCCUCUGGCAUCUCCACCCCGCUCGUACAUGGUGCAGGCCUCUCCACCAACACCCCCGUCCUCGCGCCCACGCGCUCGAUGACAAAGGAUGGCGCCAACAGCAGCUUGGGCUCCUUCGGAGUCAAGUCCGGACUCGCUCAGAUGCUGAAGGGUGGAGUCAUCAUGGACGUGGUGAACGCAGAGCAGGCUCGCAUUGCUGAGGAGGCUGGUGCUUGUGCGGUCAUGGCCCUCGAGCGGGUACCUGCCGACAUUCGCGCGACAGGAGGCGUUGCGCGUAUGAGCGACCCAAAAAUGAUCAAGGAGAUCGUCGAAGCCGUCACCAUCCCCGUCAUGGCCAAGGUCCGCAUCGGCCACUUGGUCGAGGCUCAAAUCCUGCAAGCCAUUGGUAUCGACUACAUCGACGAGUCCGAGGUCCUCACGCCCGCCGACGAGGAGCACCACAUCAACAAGCACGCUUUCAAAGUCCCCUUCGUCUGCGGCGCACGCAAUCUCGGCGAGGCCCUUCGCCGCAUCUCCGAGGGUGCUGCCUUCAUCCGCACAAAGGGUGAGGCGGGCACCGGCAACGUCGUAGAGGCCGUGCGCCAUCAGCGCGCCAUCACAUCAGAAAUUCGCAGAGCUAGCGUGAUGAGCGAGGAGGAGCUCUAUGCUUAUGCGAAAGACAUCCGGGCACCGUUCCAUCUGCUAAAGGAAGUCGCGCGCCUCAAGAGGCUGCCGGUGGUCAACUUUGCUGCCGGUGGUAUUGCAACGCCGGCGGAUGCUGCGUUGAUGAUGCAUCUAGGAUGUGAUGGAGUCUUCGUUGGCUCCGGUAUCUUCAAGUCCGGCGACCCUGCAAAGCGUGCACGAGCCAUCGUCCAGGCGGUGACUCACUACAACAACCCAAAACUCCUUGCGGAGCUCUCGGAAGACCUCGGCGAGGCAAUGGUCGGUCUGACGAUCAACGAUGACCUGAAGGGCGGCAGGCUCGCGUCUAGAGGAUGGUAGGUAUAGCGGCGUCGUGUCUCGCGUCUCGUGAACUUGACUCGCUGGCCCUCGUCUUGGAUACCUAGGCCCACAUUAGAGGCAGCAUACCCAUUUGUAGCUGUAAAAAAGAGAAACAAUAUUUGAAUCAAUACGUAGUCACCUCUCCGA